CUACAUUUCUCUCACAUCAAACAUGGGGGGUUGGGUUGUAAUGGCAAAAACGCCGGUCUCGGGAUUUCUGUGGUGACUCGCUGUGUUCGCCGAAACUCACAGAACAGUCUCAACGCGUGCCUCGAGUGAAUUUGUGUGUCGCGGAGCGGUCUUUUAAUUUAUGUUUUAGUGGCAAUGUCUACGAAAUAAUAAGUAAUUAAACCAUCAAAAGCUGGAAUACAAGAAGUACUAAUAAUCGGCAAUAUCUAUAAAGAUUUAAAAUCAUUGUGCAAAAUAAUGCCGGAUCGAUAUGCAAAUGGAGUGACCAGUAGUUUGGUUGAGCCCCCUGUCAAUGGACACUCUGUGGACAACAAUGGAACGGGAGGUGGAACAGACGGACAGGAUGAGAAGAUUGUGCUUAAACGGAAGCUAACUCUUAUUAACGGUGUGGCUAUAAUAGUUGGCACUAUUAUUGGAUCGGGCAUUUUCAUAGCACCCACUGGAGUCUUUUACUACACCGAAUCUGUCGGAAGUUCGCUCUUUAUUUGGUCUGCCUGCGGUAUUCUUUCGACUAUCGGCGCUCUCUGUUAUGCUGAAUUGGGCACAAGUAUCACCAGAUCCGGCGGCGACUAUGCUUAUUUGUUGGUGGCAUUUGGGCCACUUGUUGGAUUUUUACGCCUAUGGAUUGCCCUCCUCAUUAUCAGACCAACUACCCAGACAAUUGUGGCGCUAACCUUCGCCCAUUAUGCAGCUAAACCCUUUUUUGAGGACUGCGAUCCACCCCAGAAUGCAGUUAAACUUCUGGCAGCCGUUUGCCUCUGUUUACUGACUGCGAUUAAUUGCAUGUCGGUGAAGGUGUCGAUGAAGGUGCAGGAUAUCUUUACGGUUGGCAAGCUUUUGGCAUUGGUAAUGAUAAUACUCGCUGGUGUCUAUUAUAUGGCAACUGGCAAGCUGGAUAACUUUUCCAAUCCCUGGGAGGGUAACUACAGUACACGGAAUAUUGGCUAUGCUUUCUACUCGGGUCUAUUUGCAUUUGGAGGAUGGAAUUACUUGAACUUUGUGACUGAAGAGCUUCAGGAUCCCUACAAAAAUCUGCCACGCGCCAUUUGGAUUGCCAUGCCGUUGGUUACGGGCAUCUAUGUGCUGGUCAAUCUUGCCUAUUUUGCGGUGGUUUCCAAGCCAGAAAUGCUCAGUUCGUUGGCCGUUGCGGUGACCUUUGGCAAUAAGGUCUUUGGCCCACUUGCCUUUAUGGUACCCAUUUUUGUGGCAUUGAGCACAUUCGGCGGUGUGAAUGGUGUGCUCUUUACCUCGGCGCGUCUCUUUGCCACUGGAGCCCAGGAGGGUCAUCUGCCCAAGUUCUUUCAGCUGUUCCAUGUAAAACAGCAGACUCCUAUACCAUCUCUUAUAUUUACAUGCCUAAUGUCUCUACUAAUGCUCUUGACGGACAAUGUCUACGAGUUGAUCAACUACUAUAGCUCGGUGCUCUGGCUCUCUGUGGUGGCUAGUAUAGCGGGCAUGUUGUGGCUGCGUCACAAGAAACCGAAUCUUCCGCGUCCCAUCAAGGUGCAUUUGGCACUGCCAAUUAUCUUUAUGACCAUCUGUGUAACUUUGGUGCUAUUGCCCAAUUUUAAGGAGCCCGCCAAUCUACUAAUUGGCAUUGCCAUUACUCUCGCCGGCAUUCCAUUUUAUUAUGUGUGCAUUGCUUGGAAGAAUAAGCCACGUUGUUAUGGCCGCAUCUCGAAUGGUAUGGUCAAUCUGUGUCGCGCCAUCUUCAACACAACAAUCAUAGAGUCGAACGAGUCUCUCAAGUAGUAUCUCUCAGCUGAUACGCCCGAUCCAAGCAGCAUUUAGUUUAUCACUCAAAACAGAUAUUUUAUGGCACAAUCCGAAUUGCCUUUGAUGUUGUAUGAUAUUAUCGCUUAGACGAUGGCAUUUCUCAAAUCCAAAGUGGAAUCGUAUACGUUAGUUUAGUUAUUUGUAUUACCAUGGUAUUUAUUUGAGCGAUCGGCAGUCGAUAGCUCUUAAGUUGUUGUCUAAUUAUUUGCAGUUUUUGAGCUUGUCAUACAAAUCAUAAAGAUACAUAAUUUUAAAUUAUUUACUUGCCUCAGUUGUGACACAUUUAGGGAAACUAAUAGAUAAGCAAACUAGUUGUAAGCUAAUCUAUCUUUAUCCAAGUUCAACUGACCAACCAUAUACAUUAUAUAUUGUGUACGCUGCAAAUCUAUUGUAAAAACAUCGAAAAUAUGGCUUAUUCAGAUGAAUUUAUAAAUGUUAUUAAAUGCAA